CUUAGUUCAUCCAGCUUCGUUUCUAUCCAGUCUUCUUCCUAGCAACAUGCAGCUCCCGUUGGAUCAAUAACCCUUGCUACUGUUACUUUUUCUCCGUCGUUUCGCCACGUCGCAUCGCCGUCAUGUUUCGCCGCCUUCUGUUCCGCUUGCUCCUUCCGAAGCAGCAUUUUCGCGCAAAACCGAAUCCAGGACUCUCCACCGCAUUCCACCACGACCCUUCACCUUCUUAUCGCGAUGCCUCUAUAUCGCGCAUAGAUUGCGAGCCUUCCGCCCCGGAUAUGGAGUACCUGCGCUUCUUCCGCCAGCGCAUGGCGGAAUUCCGCGCGCUCGGGGGGGAAGUGCUGGUCGGCGGGGGGAAACAGGCGGAGAGUGCAGGGGAGGGAAGGGGAGCGGCACUGAAUCCGCUGCUGGUGCCGUUCAUUGACCUCAACAUCGCUCCGCUCCGCAGGAUAUACGCCUGGGCCGUACCCACUGAGGCAGCAUUGGCAGCCAUUAAAAGCGCUGCUGGGGAGGAAGGAAUAGUUGAGGUGGGCGCAGGAACAGGUUAUUGGGCGGCAUUGCUCCGGAGGAGAGGCGUUGACGUGGCAGCGUAUGACUGGACGCCUCUGGACAGCUGCAGAAGAAGCACCAGCAUCAGUGGCAGCAGCGGUGGCAGUGGCAGCAGUGGCAGCAGCGGCAGCAGUGGCAUCAGCAGCCGAGUGAAUGGGCACCACGCCCUUCCCGUGGCAUCAUCAUCUUCAUCAUCAUCUUCGCCAUCGCAGCUAGUCAAUGUGCCGCCUUUCACACACGUGUCUGAGGGAGAUGCCUCAAUGCCUGCACUGCAUCCUGACCGUUCAUUGCUGCUCUGCUGGCCACCACCAGAAGAAGCAGCAGCAGCGGAGGCAGCAACAGCAGGAAGAGGAGCAGCAGCAGCAGCAUCAGCAGCAGAGGGGGGAUUAGCAGCAGCGGAUGCAUCAGAGGCAAGAGGAGCAGAAGCAUCAGCACCUGGCAUGUCAUCAUUAGCAGCUGACGCUUUACAAUGCUACAGUGGUUCCACUCUCGUGUUCGUUGGAGAGUUGCCACUCCACCUCAUACAAGCACACCCUGUACAGUCAUGCGGUGUUUCAAAACAAUCUCAUUCGUCUCAAUCACCUUCGUACAAGCCACAAACCGCAGGCCCACGGUUCUUCUCUCUUUUGGAAAGGGACUGGACGCUGGGUGAACACGUGGGGAUUCCCAAUUGGCCGGGGACACAUGACUGUCUAACAAUCUGGAGGAAGAAGGGGAGCCGUGCAACGGAAGGGUUCGGUGAAAGUGGCAACUGCAGUAGUGACAAGGACGGGGAUUGCACUACUCUGGAUGGCAACGUUGGCAGCAGGGACAGCUACGGCAGGACGACAGAAGUUGACAGCAGAGAGGAGUCUCUUUUCGCUGACCCCAACAGAUCGGCAUUGAGUGAAGGCCUGCGGCAGCGGUGGGAAGAUACUAUCGUGGGGAGGCUCUUUCUAUCCCCAUCAAUCGCUUGCGCUGAGGUGACGAAGGAUGUUGAGCUGGUUAGAGCAAUGGAGGUGGAGGCAGUGAGAGGCUGGCUCCUUAGGACUGCGUGGUCGAGCCUGAUCAGUGGUUUACCCUUGCUCCUCAUUUCCCCGUGGUACAAGGGGCUGUUUCAAAGAAACAGAGGAGUUGUGUAAAUUAUAGCUUUUUAGAAAAUGUGUUAAUUUUAGGUUUGUUUGUGUCCUGUAUUGUAGCCUGACAUAGCGGAUACGCACACCUGGCUCUGCACUCUGGGGAGGUGCACGAGCCUUCGCUGUCGGUGUACACAUGGCA